AUAACAACAACGGCUCACACCCAAAGCCGUUUCCUCUCUCACAAAGGCAGAUGUACUGACAGUAACUGCUUGGAUGUGGAUUUCUAGUCAAGGUGGAGCACGUUAGAUAGAGGUUAUGCAGAAGUCGGCGUCCUCGAGUACGUCUGUGAAUGCUUAAUCACAUUUCCCAUUAACAGGAGUGGAUACGGCUUGAGCUAAAAGGAGGUCUAUAGCUGCUUUUCAGAUGUUGGACUAUUAUGGUCCAGCUUGAGAACACCAAGUGCAGUUUUCUCUUCUGCCUUGGAAUCUGUAUCCUAAUAUGUUCUGCCAUCUACCUGAAAGCCAAUAUAUCCAAUGCACCUCUUCCUACAAAUACCAGCCAAUCUCUGCCAGCCUCCAAGACCUGUGAUAUUCUUCCACUUGCAACUCCUGGGUUUAAAUGGCAGCGAAAAGACUGUAAUAAAAUCAGCUAUGAGCCUAAACCAGACUCAAACUGCACUCUAUUGCAGUCAGAGCUACACUUUAUUAUGGCACCGCUGAGCAAAGAAGAGGAAGACUUUCCUUUGGCUUUCAUCAUCACCAUACACAAAGAGUUGGAAACGUUUGUGCGGCUACUGAGAGCCAUCUACGCGCCGCAGAAUGUCUACUGCAUUCACAUCGACGAUAAAGCGCUGGAAGAAUACAAGACAAGCGUCAGAAGCCUAUCUGGGUGCUUCUCGAACGUCUUCCUGGCGUCCGUCAGCGAAAAGGUGACCUAUGCUGGCUUUUCCCGGCUACAGGCUGACAUCAACUGCAUGAAAGACCUGGUGAAGUCUCCCAUAAAAUGGAGAAGAGUUAUAAAUUUGUGCGGCCAGGACUUCCCCAUCCAGAGCAACCUGGAGUUAGUCCGGUACAUGCAAGGAUCUGAAUGGAAAGACAGGAACAUGACGCCGGGAAUCAAGCAGCCACCCACUAUGAAGCACAGGACAGAGUUUCCAUAUGUUGAGGGAAAGGGCAUCCAUGUGGCACAAAGGGCCAAAGGUCCAAAGAAGGGACCACCUCCACACAAGAUGACUAUUUACUUCGGGACCGCUUAUUACUCUUUGACGAGACCGUUUGUGGAGUUUGUCCUCAGCGACCCAGUGGCCAAAGACUUGCUGGAGUGGUCUAGAGACACCUUCAGCCCAGAUGAGCAUUACUGGGUGACGCUAAACCAUAUGAAGGAAGCACCUGGCAGCCACGUAGACGGUGGAUGGGAAGGUAACAUUCGUGCAAUCAAAUGGAGGGACCAAGAAGGAACAGCACACCAGGGAUGUAAAGGACAAUACAUCAGAGAUAUCUGCAUUUUCGGGAUUGGCGAUUUACCAUGGAUUAUCGAAAGGGAGUGCAUGUUUGCUAAUAAAUUUGAGACCGCAAGCUUCCCAGAGGCCGUGGAUUGUCUGGAACUGUGGCACAGGCAUAAAGUUCUCCAGCAAGCUUCUGUUCCCAUUCAGCCAUCAUGGCAUCUCACCACAGAGGUGGAAGUCAGCAACAGCACUCUCACUUUAACACCAGAGGACUGUGUCUGAGCAAGCAUCACAGAAAUGACAAAGAAAAGUCACAAAGAAAGAGAAUUCCACACUGUUUACGGGCUUUUCAACUUCUGUACAACAUCAGAAAACAGCAAACUUCAGUUUCCUUUAAGGUCAAAUAACCAUCACCACAUUGUGCAUGGUAAAAAUGAAGGAAGGAUUAACUGAAACAUUUUCUGCUUUAAAGUGUAAAUGUGUCAUGUCCACAGUCACGUGGCAGUGCAGCUCAUGAGAUUUAAAUGUUGUAAACACUGAUGUUACGUGAGUGUUGAGUAAUGUAACUGGUGUACAGUUAGUAAUUGUAAUAGUUUUAUUUAUUGUAUUUAUUAACUGCUGUAUAAUGCACUGUUUCUCAAUUGGAUAAACUGUAGAGG